UGGUUUUCCAUGGUGGAAGUGUGAUAUUAUCGCACUCAGGAAUCUGACAUUCGGGAUCUUUGGAAACGGGAAUAAACAGCUACAGUGGGAUUUUACAGUGGAAACGGUUUGACUCAGGCUGAGAGGAUGCACACUACUCGCAGUCCCACUUCCAUCCAGUCUGGAAUGGCCGGUGAUGCUCUGGAUCUGAGCUUGAGCGGAUCACAGCUUUCGAUGGGCUGCAGACCCAGCAGUGCAUCGCCAGGAAAACACUUCUCCCGCUCUAUAUCCGUGUCUGUGGCCAGCGAUGGACGUGGCAAACGCAACACACUGGUUGAUGGUGGGUUUGGGAGUUCCCGUGCCAUUAAGAAUCUGCGGCGAUCGAACAGCACCACGCAGGUGAACCAGCAGGCCAACGCUCGACCCGGUGAAGGCCAUACGGAGGAUUUCUUGGCUCUGUUUGACAGCAGUACCGAUGGCCGCCGGAAACUAGCCAGCCUCACUAAGGCCUCCACAGACCACACAACAUGGAACAUUCUGGACGACCAGCCACGAGCGUUCCCGUUGCCCUCCAGCUCCCGCAGCACCUGCAGUAUGGAUUCCCCCACUGGCCCGAAGAAAAGGGAUCCUGGUGUCUCCCUGGCUGAUAAUUUCACUGCCAACAACAGGAGCAGUAAAGCAGCUGUGGGUAACUCCGUGACAACCAUGCUGCACAACAACCACUCGGACAAGCCUCUUACACCCAAGAGCUCCAAUCAGAAACCCUGCUUCAAUAACCUCAUCAAAGCCACCGUGAACGAUGAGGGGACAUUAGAGAGCAGCUCUCUCACCAAGUCUCAGAAGAACUUCUCAGCUUCAUCAGGCUCCAAUAACAACGUUUCCAGCUCCCGGAGCCCUCGCAGACGAGAGGUCACAGAGGAGGAGGCCGAGAGGUUUAUCCAGCAGGUCAGCCACGCAGCAAUCACUAUCCAGCGCUGGUACCGGUGCCAUGUCAGCAGGAGGAAAGCAAAUGAAACCGCCCUCAAGCAACUGCUCACUUCCAAAAGAAAGGAAAGGGAGCAACAACAGUUGGACGAAAAGGCUGUGAAACCACAGAAGAAGAAAGAGGAGGACAGGAAACGCAUCAGAGAGGAGAAGGCCCGUCUGGCCCGGCUCACUGCUAUCCAGGAGCUGCAGCAGAAGAGGGCACAGCGAACUGAGGAGGUACGGCAAAUAGCAGAACAGGAAGUGGAUGCCCUGCAGCAGGCUGGAAAAGCAGGGCGUAAGAAACUCGCUCACAGUUUGCCUACCUCUCCGACAGCCGCCAAGGCCAAGAACACAGAUUCCAAUCUCAAUUUGGAGAGCGAACUGGAAGAUGUUGCCAAUCUGAGGGCAGCGUCGCCCAUAGUGUCAACACGAAGAGGCUCUCAGUGUUCUCAGGAGAUUCUGCAGCGGUCUGUGAGUGUAGAGGACCAUAGACAGGGGGCACCAUCGAGCAGAGCUCAUUCUAAAACGACGCUCAAUGACCUGCUGGAUUCCCUCAAACUCCUAGAGGAGGGACCACAGAGACUGUCUGAGGCUAAGAGCUACAGGAAGGAGAAGUACGCUUGGAUUGAUGAGGACGGAGGGUCCAUCACCCUAACCACAGAUAACGUGGAGAGGCACGGGCAGCUGAGCCAGAGCCCUGUGCUGUCAGAUGGCGGAGCUUUAUUGUCUGAGGCCAAGCUGCAGAGCAUCAUGAGCUUCCUGGAUGAGAUGGAGAAGUCCGAGCAGGAGAGGCCACGUUCGGUUACCUCAGGAUCGCACAGAGAGGUGCUGCUGUCUGAAGAGGAGCUGGCUGCCGUGGAUCAGGCUUCUGCUACUGCUGCUGAGCUUACCGGCUCUAUAAUGAGGCUCAAACUGGAGCUGGAGGAAAAGAAACGCGCUGUCACCAUGCUACAGUCCGCAUUGACUCAGCAGAGAGAACUGACGCUCCAUCACGUGAAGGAGACGGAGAAAGAGCUCAGCCAAAACUUCCAGCUACAGAAACAACAAUACGAGGCGACAAUCCAAAGACACCUGGCUUUCAUCGACCAGCUGAUCGAUGACAAGAAGGCCCUGAGUGAGCGCUGUGAGGGUGUGGUGGCCGAGCUCAAGCAGGCCGACCAGAAAUACACAAAAAAGAUCAACCAGAUGCAGGAGCAGCAUGAACUGGAGAUUAAAAAACUGAAAGAGCUGAUGAGCGCCACAGAAAAGAUCCGGCGAGAGAAGUGGAUUGACGAGAAGACCAAGAAGAUCAAGGAAAUCACUGUUAAAGGCCUGGAGCCAGAGAUCCAAAAGCUAAUCUCCAAGCACAAGCAGGAGCUGACGAAGAUGAAGGUGAUGCAUGAGGCAGAGUUGCUCCAAGCAGAUGAGAGAGCAGCACAGCGCUACGUCCGGCAGAUCGAGGAGCUCCGACAGCAGCUGGAGAGAGAUAGAGACGAACAGUGUCAGCGUGAGAGAGAGCUCGCCAAGCAAAGGUUUGAGAAGCAGCUGCAGGAAGAAGAGAAUGCCUUACAGCAGCAGAGGAGGCGGCUCUACAAGGAAGUUGCUGAUGAAAAGGAGCGACUUGCCCAACAAGCUACAAGGCAGCAUGCUGAGCUGGAGGUGUUGAAGACUCAGUUGGAGAACAGUAGCUCCCUGGCUAAUCGCACUCUUAGGGAAGAGCUGGAGAAGAGCCGAGAGGAGCAGGAGAGGCGGCACCAGGUGGAAAUGAAGGCUCUGCGGGAACGGCUGGAAAUAGAGAAACAGACAUGGGAAGAAAAUUACAUGAAAAAAGAAGAAGUGCGGCAACUCACCCGAGAGCGAGAGCUGAAAGAGGAAGUGCGCCGGGGGCGGGACAAAGAGAUCGAGUUGGCCAUUCAGAGGUUAGAAGAGGAGACGAGCGGCGCCAGAGAAGAGUGCGAGAGAGCUGCUAACAACCGUGUAAAGCGUGUGAGGGAAAAGUACGAAGCAGAACUAAGAGAGCUGGAGCGCUCCGAGCAGGCGGCGCUGGAGAAACAUCGGGAGAUGAAAAAGAAGCACGCCGAGAUGGAAGGAGAGCUUCUCCGCUUGCAGUCCCUUCUCACGCAGAAAGAGCAGGAGAUCACUGAUAUCAUGCAGAUCCGGGAUAAGUUGUCAAAAGAGAGACAGAGCUUAGCUGAGGUCAUCAGAGAGGAGUUUGCGGAAAGACUGGUUGUAAUGGAGGAAGAGAACAAGAGGAUGAAGGUAGAGGUGGCUGAGGUGCGUGCCAGACUCCGGCUGGAGGUGGAGCGAAUCAGCAGAGAGAAAGAAGAAGAGCUGGCUGAGGUCCAUCAGCGGGUGAAAUCAGCUAUUUUGAAGAACGAAGAAACUGUGAAGAACUUGCAAAAGGAGUGUGAGGCUGCGGUAAAGAGAGCAAAUCACCUGCAGGCCCUGUUGGAGCAGAAGAGAAAACAGUAGUUUGGGAAAUGAUUCCUACGCCUCUCUGUUUUCCCUUAUCACUGAAAAGAAGAAGAAGGAGGGAGGGAGGAAGGAUGGUUCUGCCACAUUCCCACAUUUGGCAUGACAGUGUUGUCUUUCCCUUGGCAACAGAAAUUGAACCAAGAGGAGAAAGCUUUUCUCAGUGCAAAAUAGAGCCAAGAGGCUUUUGUCUCAGCUUGGACUACACAAAUUUCUCUCGACACAGACGGAAGGAGAGGAAAAAGCAGUGGACAGAGGCGGUCGAAAGGGAAAUAAUUUUUCUGACAGACAUUUUCUCCAUACGAGUAGACUCGGGGUGGGAAAGGCCCUUGCUGGGUACACAAGCAUUCACAAUAAGCACUUUUAGAUAGUCCAUACUCUUUGUGCUGUCCUUUCUUUGAAGCAACUCAGUGUGUGGGAGGGGUGGAAGAGAGAGAAGGAAAGCAUUAAAGAGAGGGAUUAGAUAGAAAAUUAGAAGCAACAGAAAUAAACAGCUGUCAACCACACAAUAUCCUACCCUGUGGCUGUUUCAAAGCCGUUCCCCUGCCUCAGGCUGCACCUUCUAUACAGUAUUACAGGAAGAGGGAGGGCGAACUCGAACCCACACACCUUCCCCGGUGUGUCCUGUACAAAUACCUUUUGUCUCGGGUCUCCCCAGGGUUCAUCCAAAGUAGUGGGAUCACAGCAUGCUCACUGAACCAUGCAGGUCUUAUGACCAGUCAAGCCCUGCAUUUGAAGUGUGUUAGAGGUCUAAGCAGAGUUGUUCUAGUUGGGUUUCAAACACAGAAUAUUCUCGAAACUUGAUAUGUUGACAGAAUGAGGGAGAGAAGGAAAUUGCUUGAAACAGCGAACACAUGGGUAUGUUUUCGGAUAGGAGAAUGGCAGGUGUGUACACGAGUAGCGUUUACGAUAAAAGAGUCCCAAAGUAGGUCUUAAAGGAACAGUCCACCGUA